AUGAUUCGAGAGGUAAACGAAGCUAGUGCACUCUCUGCUUUCUGUAUAGGCUUAACUCUCAAUUGUAUAUUAAUUUGGUUGAUUAUUCGAAAAAGUCCAAAAGAGAUGCGUGUUUUUAGUCAUAUUUUGAUGCAGACAUGCUGUGCCGAUUUAAUUAUGUUAACAAUUAAUUUGUUGGCACAACCGAUUUAUGCUUCUGAUGAGGGUGUUGGAAUUGUUGUUUUGAAUGGUCCAAUGCGCCACUUAGGCACUCUUCCCCAAAACUUGAUUUUGUUCAUUUGGGAUAAUUGCUUUUUCUUCUCGUUUUUUGGAUUUGCGGCACAAUUUAUUUAUCGUUAUUUAAUUUUAAAUAGGUACUAA